AUGAAAAGGCGAAGUUAUAUUAUUAGUUUAGAAGGGCGAGAAAGCAUCGUUUGCAGGUUAUGGGUGUUGGUGACGGUAGCAACUCCUACAAAGUUCAACUUGAGGAUUGAGGGCAGUGGCUUAGCGAAAACGGAAAGAGAUACAUUUUACAAAAUCCAAAUGAAGGCCGAGCAACACUGUGUUUUUUUUAGGCCUCCGAAAUUAGGCUUGAAGUAA